AUGGCGGCAUUCAUCUCGCAUCCCCUGGAAGAGGACGAGUUGUCGUACGUGAGCCCCAUUGGCUAUUCAUACUACGCAUCUGCGACAUCCUUGACCCCGGAGCUUUAUCAGGACUUGUUGGACCGAUACUGGCGUCGCUCCGGCCGCCUCCUCUAUCGACCCAACCAGCGACAGUCCUGCUGCCCGCACUACACCAUCCGCCAGGACACUGCCGCCUUCAAACCGUCCAGGGACCAACGGCAGGCCGUGAACAGGUUCAACCGGUAUGUCAUUGGCAAAGAGUAUGCAGCUGCUGCCGCCCGUCUCUAUCCACGGUCACGCGAGGAAACCAAGAAGCGAGAUGCCGAGUUCAGUCUCGUCGAGCGGAUCCACGAGGCCGAGGCAAAGAACCUGAAGACUCCCCCUGACCCUGCACACAACUUCACCGUCACGCUUGAAGACGACUCGUUCACCGAAGAGAAGUACGCCGUGUAUGAGAACUACCAGCGCGUCGUCCACAAGGAAGGAUCGGGCGACAUCUCCAGGGGCGGUUUCCGGCGUUUCCUGUGUGACUCUCCCGUUCGAAGAAAGACAGUCAUCAACGACCAAGGAAAGGAGAUGCAACUCGGCUCCUUCCACCACUGCUAUCGGUUGGACGGCAAGCUUGUCGCCAUUGGCGUGCUGGACCUUUUGCCACAUUGCGUCAGCGCAGUCUACUUUCUCUAUCACGAGUCCAUCCACACAUUUAUGCCGGGCAAGCUUGGCGCCCUGCAAGAAAUCGCCCUAGCUGCGGAAGGCGGCUACCGGUAUUGGUACCCGGGGUUCUACAUCCACAGCUGCCCAAAGAUGCGGUACAAGAUUGACUACCUUCCGCAGUACAUUCUCGACCCGGAAAGCCUGACCUGGGACCUGCUCGACAAGCCCAUACUGGAUCUUCUCGACAAGAAGCCGUUUGUCAGCUAUUCGGCCGAGAAGCGCGCCAUGGUCGAGUCCGACGGCGACAAGGAGAUGAACGGCACGACACGUGAGGACAACGACAGCGACGGCGCCCAGCCAGAGGUUGAAAGUGAUGGCGAGGAGCCCUCAUCCAUAUUCGAAAGCGACAUGCCUGGCGUCGCUUCUUUGAAUCAAAUGCAGGCGAUAGAUCUGGAUCAUCUGUCAUUGCGUAUCGACAAGUCUGGCAUGGAGUACGAGACUUCUGACCUGGUCAUCUGGGCCAGCCAGUCACUCUCUCCUGCUGGAGGGUUGAAGACGAAGAUUGCCGAGUUUGUGGCAGCAAUCGGACCAGAUCUCAUGCACUCGGUCUGUCUCGAUCUCAGCUAG